AUAUUCGUUCAAUCAUUUAUUUGACCGUUUGGGUUUAUCAAGCGUGGUAUAUCAUUCGCAUAUUUAUUAUUCUAUCAUUGUUAAAUUUGUCAAUUUACAAUCGGUGUGCUUAAGUUGGUGAAAUGUCUUUAUCCAGUAUUUUACCUUCGCCUGCGAAUCCUGUAUGGGACAGAGAAGAUGAACGUCGUGUGUCUAAAAAAUCAAAAAUUAUCGGUGCACCUAUGGGCGCAUUGGUGUCAGCAAAAAUUGCUGCGCCACCGUACGGCCAACGUAAAGAUUGGAUUCCACGUACGGAAGCAGAUUUUGGAGAUGGUGGAGCAUUCCCAGAAAUUCAUGUUGCGCAAUAUCCGCUGGGCAUGGGUAGUCCAUCUAAUCUGAAUAAAAAAUCGAAUGCUUUAGCUGUACGCUUAGAUGAGAAAGGAAAAAUCAAGUAUGAUGCUAUUGCGCGUCAAGGUCAUGGUAAAGAUAAGAUAGUGUAUUCUUCAAUAUCACAAUUACUUCCUGCUGAAGUUUUGGCUGAAGAUGCUGAAGAGUUGCAACGUCCUGAUGCUGAGACUGUUGCCGAUACGACAGAAGACACCAGGCGCGCUCUGGAAAAAUUGACUAACGCCAAAAUUGCGGCUGCUAUGCCAGUACGACAUGCUGAAAAAACAGCACCAGCCCAAUAUAUACGUUACACGCCCUCGCAGCAAGGUGAUGCCUUCAACUCUGGAGCGAAACAACGUGUUAUCCGUAUGGUUGAGGCACAACAGGACCCAAUGGAACCACCAAAAUUUCGUAUAAACAAAAAAAUACCUCGAGGUCCCCCAUCACCUCCAGCACCGGUUUUGCACUCCCCAUCCCGCAAAGUGACGGUCAAAGAGCAAAAAGAAUGGAAAAUACCGCCAUGCAUAUCAAAUUGGAAAAACGCAAAGGGCUACACUAUUCCAUUGGAUAAGCGAUUGGCUGCUGAUGGUCGUGGCUUACAACAAGUGCAUAUAAGUGAAAAAUUUGCAAAAAUGGCCGAAGCCUUGUACAUAGCAGAUCGUAAAGCUCGAGAAGCGGUUGAAGCGCGUGCUACACUAGAGAAGAAAUUAGCACAAAAAGAGAAGGAAAAGAAGGAAGACAUGUUAAGAAUGAUGGCACAGCGUGCGCGUGAAGAGCGAGCAGGCUUGAGACAACCUGAAGAUCCAGCUGCAGCAAAUCCUGAGACGCGUGAGCGUAAUGAGCUUAGGGCUGAGCGUCAUCGCGAGCGACAACGCGAUAGAAAUUUAGCUCGUGCCGCACCAGAAAAGCGUUCCAAAUUACAACGCGAACGUGAGCGUGAUAUAUCUGAACAAAUAGCACUGGGUAUGCCAGCGAAAUCAACGGGUAACGGAGAAACCAUGUUUGAUCAACGAUUAUUCAACACAACAAAGGGUAUGGACUCAGGAUACGGUGACGAUGAGGCCUACAAUGUGUAUGACAAACCCUGGCGUGAUUCCAAUUCAUUGGCAUCUCACUUGUAUCGUCCAAGCAAACAGCUAGACAAUGAUGCAUAUGGAGCAGAUUUAGAUCGUAUAGUGAAUACACAACGCUUCGUACCUGAUAAAGAAUUUUCCGGUACAUCGCGUGGUGCUGGUGGUGCAGCUCAACGUUCUGGCCCAGUUCAGUUUGAAAAAGAGGAGGAUCCAUUUGGUUUGGAUCAGUUCUUGAAUAUGGCCAAGAAAGCACCAAAGCGUUCAGAAGAUAAGAGUGAUCGUAGUAAUUCAGAGAAGAAACGCAGGAAAGAUUAAAAAUGCAAUGACAAUUAAUUAAUAAUUUCAUUAACGUAUAUAAGAAGUAGGAUGUGUUGAUUAAAACAAGAAAUAUUUUUUGAAGUUUAAUUAAAAUAUGUGAAAUUUUAAACAGGCUUCAAUUUUAUCACAUAAGAUUGUCAUUAAUUGUGACAAAAGUCAUAUACGUAUGUAUUGUUUUAGUUAAAUACAUUUGAUAAUUAAUAAUU